UGUGCGAAAAACACGCUGUGAAGAAGGAGCAAUGUGGUUGCGAUAUGUUUCUGUUGCACCGCUUCCCCGCGAACGUCGACUUGGGUCGUCAGUGGACUUCUCUGAUAAACAGGAAAGACUUCGUGCCAAACAGAAAUUCACGUGUGUGUUCUGCGCAUUUCGUUGAUGGAAAACGCACGGAACAAAACCCGCUGCCGAUGCUGAACUUGGGUUACCAGCGAAAGGUUAUCUUUGGGCGCAGACGCCUGAACCGUGACGAAAAUACGCCAGCACCAACUAAGCGGAAGAGAAAAACGAGCAGAGACACACGAGAUGAAGAGUCACGUCAGGUUCCUUCGCAGAGUGUCACUUAUGAUGCACAAGCUUCCACAUUCACCUCUCUUUUGGACAGUUUGGAAUAUGUUGGAGAUAGUGCCAAGACAAUUCUAGACAGCACUUGUGCAUGUCAGGAAACAGAAGAGACUUCCCACAGUGAGCCUGCAGUGUUCACUGAUGCAUUUGAAAGUGAACCAGCUGCUGCAGCACACAUGGAAACCACAUCAUUCAACAAUGUUUUGGGGAAUGAAGAUGCUCAGUGCAAUGAAGAUACGUUUCCCAGCUCUGGCACAGUUUGUGAACCAGAUGUUUCCCUUCACAUUGGAAAUUCACUAGUCAGAUGUACAUUGGAUAAGGCACCAGAUGCUUUCACUUAUGGUGUAGCUACUCCAGACAGCAGUGUUGCAGAAAAUGAAGUUUGUGGGAGCUUAAUAUCAGAUCACGAAGUUGACAUUCACGUAAGCAAAACCGAGGACAUCAUGACAAGGAAAAAUACAAAGGUGAUGAAAGAUAGCUCCACACAAUGGGAACUGCCACCAGCUGACCAUUCCUACACCAGCACAAGACUUUCUAUGACCAUGAGAACUAUUUCCUAUCGAACACUGACCAGUGAUGACAUUCUUUUUUACACUGGCAUUUCUGUGGCUGCAUUUGACAAGCUCGUGUCAGCACUGAAGACUCAAGACAAGACAAUUCGCAAGCUCUUGACCAUCGAAGACCAGCUGUUAUUGACACUCAUGAGGCUUAGACUUGGCCUCCUUUGUGGAGAUUUAGCAAGACGGUUCGAGGUCUCUGUAGCUUAUGUUUCUAGAACAUUUUCGAGAGUGCUGGACGACCUGGUGAAGAUCAUGCAAGAAGUUGUUGUGUGGCUUCCCCGCUCAAGGUUGCGGGCAAGCAUGCCCGAGAGUUUCAGAAACAGCGAGUACAGUCAUACAACAUGCAUAUUCGACUGCACUGAAGCACUAAUGCAAAGGCCACGGAAACUGAUGGCCAGAUCCCAAAGUUACAGCCAAUACAAGGGUGCAAACACGAUGAAAUUUCUUACCGUCAUAGCACCAAAUGGAUUUAUAAUGUUUGUGUCAGAUGUGUAUGGAGGCAGGGCAUCAGACAAAUACAUUGUAAAGACAUGUGGAGUAGAAGAGUACCUCCUUCCAGGUGAUGAGAUAAUGGCAGACCGUGGUUUCAAGCUUGACCCUUAUCUUGAGGCUCAAGGGAUUAAAAUGAACAGGCCUGCAUUUACAAAAGGAAAGGAUCAGCUACCUGAAAGUGAAGUCACCGAAACUAGGCGCAUCGCAUCGCUACGAAUUCAUGUUGAGCGGGCAAUCAACCGAAUCAAGACGUACAGAAUUUUCAAGCAAGUACUGCCCAUCAAGUCAAGAAAGUAUGCCAGCAAAAUUGUCCUUGUUUGUGCAGGACUCUGUAACCUUAAACGCCCGCUCAUCAACGAACAGACAAAAGCAUAAAUGUCCCGUGUGUACUUUAAUUUAGCCUUAAGCACUCUGAGAAGCGAGUAGGGUAAACUUCACUAAUGCCGUUUUAAAGCGAAAGCUUUAUUGGCCUGGACUUGCAAUCAAGAUUAACCAAGGCUAACCAUGCUAUGCCUUAGCUUUUGCUACGUAUAUACUGGCAUAGCUGAGCUAAGCCACUGCCAAUUUUUUUGUAACCUCACUGGUUUCGUACCUGUGAAGCUUAUGGAAGUGAUUUGAAGCCAAGGUGUUAAAAUGUGGUUGAAUGUUUUUUUAUUCAUUCAAUAUACUUGGAUGGCUCCAAUGAAGCAGACAUUAUGAACAAAUAAAAUUUCACUUGCUCAUCACAAAUUGCAAAUCUCGUCAUACUUUUUGCACAUAGCCAGCUUUUUCUUAUAAUGUAGGUCCUCAAGGUGAGGCAGGAGAUGCAAAAAGUAGAAUGUUUUGAGCCUCUUCAAGUUCUGUUCAAUGUACCGUGUGUCAAUAGGCACAUUUACAAUGACAUCACUUUCAGCCGACCACACAUAAAAAUAGCAGGUGCUUUUGCCACAGCAAAACAUGGUAAACUGCACUUGGUCAUAGUAACCAUUUUUGCCACCUGGACAAAGCACAGGUUCCCCAUUCACAAGCUUAACAUCAUAUUUUCCCUUUUCAAUUAAUACCGUGCAAUCUGAAACUGUGGGACACUUGAUCUCAACUAGAGCAUCAUCAGCACAGAUGCCAUCAGGGCUUGCAGACAGCCAAGGAUGUGUACUGCUCACUACCAUACCCGACUGCGCUACAGCCAAACCAGUCUUCCUCGUAAAUGCUACUCUUGCAAUGGCUUCAUACUUCAGCCCAUGCUUUGUGGCAGCAUUACCGGUAAAGCCUGAAUUUGAAAGCGCAGAAACAGCUUUCGAAGG